GGAGCGACGGGCCGGAAGGGCUCGAUGUGCAGGUGAAUGGGCGCGCCCCGGCGGCAGCACCGCCCCGCAGGAAAAGCCCCGCCUCUGGAGCGGCGUUCCCGGUCAUCGAUGCCAACCGAAAAUGAGCAAAGGCAAACGUGCUGCUGAGAAGGACGCUGAUGAGAGGGAUGAUGACAGCGAUGAGUUUGCAGAGUUUACAGAGAGCUUUAACCAACUCGAGCUGCUGGAAACGCACCGGCAUUUGAUUCCUAUAGGAACUCAGAGUGGUUGGUCGGGGCAGUCUGACGAUGAAGACGAUGAACAAGAAAGAAGUGAGGAAUGGUAUGAGAUGCAAGAAAAAAAAAUGGAGAAAAAUCCAGAGAAAUUAAUACUGUGGGCAGCUGAAAACAAUCGGCUGACUACAGUGAGGAGGCUCCUUUCCGAAAAGCUGGCUCCCGUUAACGCUCGCGAUGAAGAUCAAUACACUCCUCUCCAUCGAGCUUCCUACAGUGGGCACUUGGACAUGGCCCGAGAGUUGGUUGCCCAGGGGGCAGAUAUUCACGCACAAACAGUGGAUGGGUGGACGCCCCUGCACAGUGCGUGCAAGUGGAACAAUACAGAAGUGGCUGCGUUCUUACUUCAGCAGGGUGCAGACAUCAACGCUCAGACAAAUGGGUUGUUGACACCUUUACAUAUUGCUGCAGGAAACAAAAACAGUAGGGAAACCCUUGAACUUCUGCUGAUGAAUCGCUACAUAAAAGCAGACCUGAAAAAUAACUUGGAUGAAACUGCCCUUGACAUUGCUAGGAGGACCGAUAUAUACCACUACCUUUUUGAAAUAGUAGAAGACUGCAUAAAUGCUGUGUCCCCCUAAACGCUGUGAAUGUGAGUUUUACUGCCUCUUGUUUGUCACACAGCAUCUGUGUGCUUGGUCUGUCCCUUUGCAUCAAGGUUGUCAUUUAAUAAGAUACUGAAAUAUUCUUAUCAGUGAAAAUCUCACCUUCUGCAAUUCAGCUCAGUGCUUUCCCUCAUACUUUGAAGUGCCAUUACUGUUAUCAGGGUAUUCAGAAAGCUUUAAUGAAUUCCGUAAUUUCAGUGAUUCUGUGCUCAGUAAGUGCAAAUUUGGAGGGAUGUUUGGUCCAAAACAUUAAUGUCAGAACAAGAGGGAAAACUGGACUACGUAUGUUACGUGAAAUUCAGGUUGGGUUAUGCAGUUUAUUACAGCUCACUAGAAAAUUAUUUUUGAGGAACUUUUUAAAAACUGCAUGGAAGCUCUGAAUGGAUAUAAUUUACUUGGGUGAUUUUCAAAAUGCUUAGUGAUCUGGUGUAAGGCCUAUUAUAAAAUAAAACACUUAACCCUAAAUAUUUUAUUGUCAUAUCUUUAAUUGAAAGCUCAGUAGCCAAUGAAAUUGCCUGUUCAUAAAUCAAAUGAACUAUUCUUAGGAACAACCGAAGUCCUGUAGUACCUGAUGGCUAGUUCUUGGUAGCCAAAUCUAAUCUGCCACAUCUGAACUGGGCUUCCAGGUCUGACAGAGGUCUUACUGCCAUGAUUUAACCAAAGUGAACAUGGUUUGUUUAAGACCAUUAGUGUGCACUUAAGCACAGUUUUUCUCCACAA